AUGCAAUGUAUGCAAAAUAUGCCAUACUCAACGUUUUUUAGUCAGUUUUUUUUUGCAUUACUUGUUGAACUCUGCAUCAACCAGCAUAUUGAUUCCAUCAAUUUGAUGAAAUAUUACGACUGUAUGUAUUUGUCUUUGUCCUGCCCCUCCUUUUCGUCUUCGAUCAUGCUGAUAUAUAAAACACCAAUGAUUAUCCGAUUUUUGGGUAAUAACUUCUAUUUUUUUUUUUUCAAUUUCAACUUCAACUUCAAUUCCAAUUUAAUUAAUUUACCCAUUAAUAUAUUUAAUUUAAUUUCCCAUUUUAAUUCCAACCAUCCACAAAUAUUCCCCCAUUCAUAUUGUUCAUCAAUUAAUCAAACACAAUACUAA